CCGCUGUUUAUUACCAUUUCCCAUCAACGCGCCCCGUCUUAGCCUGCUCUUUCCCAACAAUCUCUCACGUACUUUCGUCUGUACGAUUGCCUAGAACUCAGCCCGCAUCUUGAUUAAGAUUGAAUGGGAUGAGUUCCUCUGCUUCAUGAAGGCCUAGUCCCUCCUCCCACCCUCUCCCCGGCUUCGCGCAGCCCCCCCGUGCCCCGUCGCGCUUCCGCGAGCACCGCAACCAUGCAGAUCGACCCAGCUGCUCUGAGUCGGCCAGACUCUGCAGCUACCACAAUUACCUCGUCCAAAGGUUCUGCGGCCAGUGCUCCAGCACAGCAGAAGUCGACCAAGGCGCUCAUCGCCGUUCCGCGACUUGACCUUGAACCUGUCUACACGGAGCUCAAAGCCGCCAUCGGCGACCACUGGGCCGAUUAUAAAGAGUCCACCACUCUGUUCCUCCUUGGACAACUGAAUCAAAGUGAACUGUCAUCGCGCGUCGAUCAUAUCAUAUGCGCCGACCAAAAAACCGAGCACCUCCACAAUAACUUCAUCUGCGCGAUCAUCGGAAACUUGACCCGAGAUCUUCCCGACCCUGGAGUCGCUAGUUGGGUAUCCGCAAAUGACAAGCCCUCAAUCGUAUCGAAACCGACGUCGGGGGACGCUGCCGAACAGAGACUCAAAACAGAGGUUAUGCAGCUGCCUCCGCGGGACCGGCGCAGACUUAAGGCUAUACCCGAGCGUGAUCCCAAUGAUACCUCGUCCAAUGAUUUGGUAGAGUACCACCUGGCGAAGCAGAUCAAAUUACCGAGCCAGGUACCUGCCAGCGCCGGGGGUUUAAACAAGACAAAUUGGGAGCUGGAAAUCCGAAAACGUUAUGCACAACCUCUAGCAUCUGAGACCGGCGAGUUUCCAGAUGCCGAAUCAAUCCAUGCACGCAUGGUUCCUAUAUGUUACGAAGAGUCCAUAGUCAGUGGCGCAAGCUUACCCUGUGCGGAGUACAUGGCCAUUGCAACAGAGACGUUCGUCAAGGAAGUCUUGUCAGUGGUUUUCUCGCGAACCAGGUCUAACGGCCCGUCGGGAACCAUCAAUGGCAUGAUGAUGCGCAAAUAUCGACAACAGCUAGAACGAGAAGAAUUGGCAUUUACGAGAGGCGAAAUUGUCAAAGACAGUGCAACCGGAUUAUUGCCUAUUGAAGCUAAAGAGGCAAGUGUCCGAAAGCCACUGGGGAUCCGGGACCUGCGGCUAGCACUAGAACUCGGCAGCGGUGUUCUCAGUCAUAUGCCCCUGCUUGUGGACCAGAUUAUGGGCGGCUAUCUUGAAGAUGAACACGAGGCAGAAAGGCAUGAUCUAAUUGAUGACGUUGUAGAGAUCACGAAUGACGACUCUGGGCAGGAGAUGGACAUUGACGACAUCGACUCGGAUUGGGAGGGAGGCACAACGGCUGAUAGGGAGCACUUGGGUGCUUUGUUGGAUGAGUGUCUAUCCAUGGCCGCGUGAACUAUCCUCCCUCUCGCCCCCUCUUUCUUUUCUC